GGGAAAGGUGAGCAGCAGCCCCGCGAGGACCUUUAACUCGUCGUCGUUGUCGGAGGUCGACUUGACAAGAACGCACCCGGCGCACCGAAGGAAGCAAGAUGGAGAGUAUGGAUGACGGCGUCCUCCGCUGCCGAGCAGUCCCUCGGAUUCCCACCUUCCCUGAUUCCGAUGGGUCUUUGAAUGAGGAAUGUAAUCAGGGACAACACCAGCAAGGCAAUGGAGGCAACCACGUUACCAGCAAUGGAAAAAUUGAAGUGGAACAAGUGAUCAGCAAAAAGCUACAACUGAAAAGAAAAGCAGAGUACCUGAAGAGUGACCUGAUGCACCAGAUUGACAGCCAGGUCAAUGACUUCAUGGACAGUCUGAUCGAGGAGUCGGCCGUCCUGGAGCCUGCACCUGUGCCUGCUGUCUUCUCACCGCCGCUGUCAGAAAAGGAGAGGAGCAAACUCAGGCAUUUCCAGCCUCCUCAUGGCCAGGGCAAGCAGUUUGUCAGUCGCAGGUCCCUCUUAGAUGAGCUGUUCGAAGUGAACCACAUCCGGACUAUCUACCACAUGUUUAUAGCCCUGCUCAUUCUCUUCAUCCUCAGCACACUGGUGGUGGAUGUCAUUGAGGAAGGCAGACUGGUGCUGCACUUUGACCUGCUGGUCUAUGCGUUUGGACAGUUCCCCCUGGUGGUGUGCACGUGGAUCUGCAUGUUCCUGUCCAUGGUGCUGGUCCCUUACUCGCUGUUCUACCUGUGGGCGCAGACCCAGUCUGGGUCUUACUCUCACCCCAGGUGGUGCAGUUUGCUGUUUGGCUCUGUAUUCCUGCUCUACCAAGCUGUGGGUGUGGGAUUCCUGCCUACAUAUGUGGUGGUGACCAACAGUUUCCCGCCUGCAUCGUGCUUCAUCGUCAUCCUGGAACAGGUGCGUCUAUUGAUGAAAGCCCACUCCUUUGUCAGGGAGAAUGUACCAAGAGUCCUGACCUGGGCUAAAGAAAAAAACAGCCCGCGCCCAGUGAUCCCUCAGGUCUCUCAGUAUCUCUACUUUCUGUUUGCUCCUACGCUCAUCUACAGAGACAAGUACCCCAGGAGCCCAGUGAUCAGAUGGAGCUACGUAGCCACAAAGUUACUUCAGGUCCUAGGCUGUAUGUUUUAUGCCUAUUACGUCUUUGUGCGGCUGUGCAUCCCUCAGUUCCGCAGCAUCAGUCUGCAGCUGUUUGACCUGAGGGCCAUGGUCCUCUGUGUCUUUAACUCUAUCUUGCCAGGAGUGUUGAUUCUCUUCCUGGGAUUCUUUUCCUUCCUCCACUGUUGGCUUAAUGCUUUUGGCGAGAUGCUCCGAUUUGCAGACAGGAUGUUUUACAAGGAUUGGUGGAACUCAACCUCUUUUGCUAAUUACUAUCGGACUUGGAAUGUAGUGGUCCAUGACUGGCUGUACUACUAUGUGUACCGGGACUUCCUGUGGUUGUCUCAGAAGCGUUUCAGACCAGUCGCCAUGCUGUUUGUGUUUACCGUGUCUGCCGUGGUCCACGAGUACAUCCUUGCAAUCUGCUUUGGUUUCUUCUAUCCUGUCCUCUUCUGCCUCUUUAUGUGCUUUGGAAUGAUGUUCAACUUCAUUCUGCAUGACCAAAGGAAAGGUCCCAUCUGGAACGUAAUCAUGUGGACGGCCCUCUUCCUGGGUCAGGGGGUCAUUAUCUGUCUGUACUCCCAGGAGUGGUAUGCCCAGCGCUACUGCCCCCUGAAGGAGCCUUCAUUCCUUGAGUUACUGAAGCCUCGCUCUUGGAGCUGUCAGAGAGGCCUGACGGAGGACUCUGAUAGUCUCUGAUCUACGUUUGGACAACUGACGAUCAUCACUCAUCAUAAUACAUCUGACCAGCCUUUCUGUUACUGACAUGAUUUCUGAUCGUUCUAUUUUGUUUUCUUUCAGUGCCAAAAUGUUCUUUACUCUGACAGAAAAGUCACAGUAUUGCCUUACGGGCUUGUUUUAUGUUUUCAAAAACAAACCCUACACAUUUACAAGUUCACAUAAAAUCCCAUUUGAACUCUUAUAUUUUUAUUUAUUUCCCAUUACUUUUGCCUUGAUCAACUGUGAAACCUUGUGCCAACAUGAUAGUGGCAAAUGUGACAUGGCAGAGAAAUAUAAACAAAACGCUUUACAAGCAUCAUUCACAUAUGCAGUAAUGGUUAAUAUUUAACAGAGUUUACUAAUGCAAUUUCAAUGUUAUUUAUUUUCACUGACAAUAAGAUUUAUUUUUGAAAAAUGGCCAAUGUUUGAUGUUUUGUAUGAAUAUAUUAAGAAUUGUGGCCUCUGUGUUAUGGCUUCAAGAUUGCAGUUAAUUUCUCUGAAGAGGAAAAUGAGGGUGGCUUGUGACACAUUGACAAGAAUUAUUUCAUAGUGAGUCUGAAACUAUGAUUAAAACAUCCAGAUUCUAAACAUCAGAAAACAUGUGUUUACAAAAUAUAGAUAACUAUGCUGUAUGGAGGUAUAGUCUGACUUCUGAAUGUAAUCUUGAUAGUUUGAAUGUUUUGCUCAGUGUGCUUUGUUUCCUGUGGUGUUGAAACUGCUUGUUUACACAUUAGUAUUAUUUUGAGGAAAUCACAAAGUUAAUGGACAGUUAAUGUUGCCAUGCCUGAUAUAUUUCAAUGCAGGGAGACUGUAUUUAUAUUUGUGAAUACUGAGACGCACAAUAUGAGGUAAUCAGUAAUGGAAAACUCAGCACUUCCUGACCACAAGGUGGCACUGUAUUCAAGCCUUUGCUUUUGAUUCUUUCUCUGCUCAAUUCUGCUGUGUGUUGUGUUCAGGUGCAAGAGAGGCUUCCACAGAGUCCUUUACAAAUGUAUAUCAACAAACACUAGUAUCAGCAACUUUUUUUAAAAAUAUGUACAGAUAAUAGCAGACAUAUUGGAAUGCCCUGUGGUACUUUCUACGAAGUAACUCUUGAGUAUUCCACAUUUCACUGAAGCUUUUAUUUUGCUUGAUGCCUUACGAUACGAUUUUGUUAAUGAA